CCUCUUUUCCCCACAAUGCGGCUGCAACCCCGCCGUGAGCCUUUCAUUAGAACUCCAUAUCCCAGGAACACCCGCAGGAGAUCAACAAUCUCUUUUGCGCGAAAACGCAAUUUUAUAAAAUCAAUGUCCUCCCCAAUUGGAGCAAAUGAUGAUGAUGAUGAAGAUGAGGUGGAGUUUGUGUCAGAGGCUCCACUCAGACCUGUACUGGAAUGUAUUGAUUUACUGAGUGAUGGGGAAGACGAUGGAAGUUUACCCACAGCCGAGACAAUUGAAGAUGAGAUUGACCGACAAAAAGCUCAGGUCACCUCCACUUUGGACAGAUUAGCUCGCCAAGUGGCUGUGGCGAAUAAGGAAAGAGUAGAGAAGUGUAAAGCCUUCAAGGAGAAGCAAAUCUCACAAAAGGCUCAUGGACGGCAGGAGCUGGCAUUUAGUCCCAAUGGUAACGCAUACGACGCCAAGCACUGUGUGGAUAUGUGGUUAAAGAUGCCAGGUGUGAAACCUGGGGUCAUCAAUACUGGAGCUAGCUGGAGACGCAGACAGGUCCCCUUUCCCACCAGUAGCUCAUCCACACAUACCUGUCCAGUGAUCAACUGUGGUCGGGUUUAUGACAACGUACCUCUCCUAGAAGGUCACUUGAAAAGGUUUGACCACUCUCCUUGUGACCCGACCAUCUACCUGAAAGGAAACUCAACCGAGCUGUUUGCUUGCGUUGCUUGUGGUCUUAAUUUUGAAACCAAAGAAGCUUGGAAGGUGCAUCAGCAGUCAAAGCUGUCCUUCCCUGAUGAAGACCAUGACCACACUCAGACCUGCCAGCCGAUCGUGUGCUUCGCCUGCCCUGCAUGCUAUCUCCUCUUUUACAUCAGGGAUGAGUGCCUCCAGCAUAUGUCGGCCAAAAACCACUUCUCUCAGUCCAUCGUCAUGAGUGAAACUAAAGGGACAGCAUUGCCAGUUCCUUUCCCACGAUAUGCAAAGAAUCGUCUCAUUGCUUUGUGUAAGGAAGUUUCAUUCGGUGUGAGAUGUACGACAUGCCAGAAGGGGCUUAACUCACACAUGGAAGCACAGGCCCACUUCAAUGUGCAGUGCAGACAAGGCGCUGCCAAGGCUGAGGCAGAGAAAACAGUGGUGCAGGUCAUGAAACAACUACAAGUGCUGGGCCAGUGCGCUGUGUGUUGCAAACUGUUCCUCAACCAAGGUGAUGUUGAGAGGCAUAAAGAAUUGAGUCAACACAAUAGUGAGGUCAACUGCACCAUGGAAAAGGCAAUUCUGCUCUACAGCAAUUUCUAUGAAAUCCAACACGCCAAGAGGGCUGCAGCGACUUCACGGCCCAAACAGUCAAAAGGUCCUGUAACCCCCUCUCAGAAGAGGGACAAGGAGAGAGGUGAUUCUGUUGGAUCCCCAGCCAAGCGCCAGAGAUGCGGGGGAGCUUUGAAUGGCAGCGCUGAGCCCUCAAGGAGUUGCUUGAUAGUGGCAUGGUUUUGUGAGUGUGGCCAGCGCUUUUCAGAGGAGGCCAUGGCCAGCAAACACCUUUUUGCUGCCAAUCAUAUCUUCCAUCAAUGUGGCGUGUGUGGAAAGCAUAUGGGCGAGUCGUCCAUCACUCGCCUGCACAUGAGCCGUUUUCACGGCGGUGCCCACCUCUCAAACUUCCUCUUUCACUGCCGGCUGUGCAAGGUUGACAUGCCGCGUCACGAGGACAUCCUUUUGCAUGUGUCAGAGGCCCACAGUGGACACACUUACUUCAGGGAGAGAGCGGUAUUGGACGAGGAGCCUGCUCCCAUUCCCUAUGCCAAACCCUCCACCAGUGGCAGACCCAGCGCCCUCACUGAUAUCAGGACUAGAACUACAACUCCCACACCUCUUCCCAAACAGGACGAGAGGUGGAUUUGCAGGAUGUGUGAAGACAUCUUUAACUCGGAGCGAGCUGUGCACAAGCACUGCAGAGACGUGAGCAACCACAGUUUCCAGAGAUUUUCCUGUGGCCACUGCCCACAGAAGUACUUCAAGGAGGCCACAGUACGCAGGCACUGUGUGAACGAGCACAGCAACCAAAUAGUGACGCGGUACUUCUGCGGGCUCUGUGACAGCAUGGAGUAUGACACUGAGGGGGAGUUCCAAGAGCACUAUAGGGGCCUUCACAGUAAGGACUACUACCGCAUGGAUGAGCCUGAGGUUGAUAGACCCAUUGAGGCCGAAAACUCCAACUCCAGUCCAUUGGCAACAGCCAGUGAAAGGCAUGAAUGUCUGUGUCCAUGCAUGUCAUCAGAAAAGGACAAAGAUGAAAGGAAGGCUACCUUCACACGAUGCAUGAAGAGGCUAUCCAGUGAAGACAAAUGCAGCUACGUGUGUGUUCCAUGCGACGUCCAGGUGUCCUCCUUUGCCCAGAUAAAGACUCAUGUCCACACUCAACACAAAGCCUUGGGGCUAGAGAAUACCUUUGACGUGGUGUGUGGAUCCUGUCAGGAGAGUCAUAAGGACGUUCCCAGUUUCCAUAACCACUUCCACUCCCAGCACUGCCCUCUGGAGCCUUGCUCGAGCUCCAGGGAUGGAGGUGAGAGUCGUAUGGGGAAGGCAGCAGCUUCCUCUGCUGUCAAGACACUGGUUGCUAUGGAGAUCAAACCAGAAGUGAAUGAGGAGGAGUUUGAAGAUGUGAAACAUGCCAUUGCUAUGAACUUGGAUGAGGUCAGAGAUGACACUGAAGCUCAUGGAGGUGAAUCUGAUGAGGAGAUGAAGUGUGCCUUGGCUUUAAGUGUGGAAGAAGCAAGAGAGCCAAUUGACUUUGAUAUUGCAUUACAUGCUUGAAGAAUAACCUUGGUAGAUGGAGGAAGCACUCAAAAGAAGCCUUUUGGAAUACUGAUCAGCGAAUGUUAUUUUCUGGGAACCUGUCAUUCAUUUGGUUUAUGGCAUUUUAUGUUUUAUGUGUGACAUAUCAGCUACUUUCAACAACACGUCAAGACAGGGUUGGACCGAUGUGAUUACACAGUAAUAACUGUAGUAACAACAUUAUUUGUGAACUAUAAAGAUUGAGGCGUACCAUGUAUGCAUCUUUAUCACAUGUUCAGAGCUUUUUAUUUGAUUUAAUAAAGAUGUUAAUUAUUUUCUCUC